AUGUCGUCGGAGAAGGCAUCCCCUUUUAAUCAUGAUCCAGCUGGACUACCGGAUUUUGACAAUGAUUUUAUUAAUCCCGACGAGCUGGACUGCUUCGAAAGGGCCUUGAACGCCCCCGAAGCUUCCCCAUUGGUAGCCAUCAAUGACUGGCGCCCGAUUAACCAACGAGUACGCAAGACACGCGGUCGACGUAAGAAUCCUAGGCGAAGCAAGGACGAAACAAGGGAAGGCGUUCUAUACACAGUCCUCAAGUGGCCAUUUCUGUUCACCGUGUUUGCAUGGAUCGCCUUCUUGAGUUGCGGCUACGUACUGGUGCGCGUGUACAUCUUCCUAUACGAACAAUGGGUCACCUGGAGAGGGAAGAGAGAGAGACUGCGCCGAGAGCUGUCUUCCAAGACGAACUAUCCGGACUGGCGAAAAGCGGCCCAGGCUCUAGACGCCCAUCUAGGGAAUGAGGAGUGGAAGCAGGCGGACGCCUACGCUUACUACGACUCUGAGACUAUCACGAGGGUUGUAUCGGAGCUGAAGAAAGAGAGGAAAAGGGCGGAGGCUGAGUUGGAGCUCAGGCGCCCGGGCGCUGCGGAGCCUUCGGCCGUCGAGGAUCUUCGGGCUUUGUUGGAGGCUUGCGUGAAGAACAAUUUUGCCGGAGUGGAGAAUCCUCGAAUCUACAGCCAGACGUACUCGGGAACAAAGGAUUUGGUUCAGGAGUAUAUUGAUGAGGUACAUGCCUGCAUCCAGCUGGUUCUGGAUAGCAAGCAGAUUGACCGAAAUACCAAAAAGCAACAUUUCAAGCAACUGGAUACCAACUUUGGCCGCACCGCGCUCUGUCUGUCGGGCGGUGCCACAUUUGCUUACUACCAUUUCGGGGUUGUAAGGGCGUUACUGGAUAACGAUAUCUUACCAGAGAUUAUUACAGGGACGUCAGGCGGAGCACUUGUGGCGGGAUUAGUGGCUACUCGGACUGAUGAGGAGCUGAAGCAACUUCUAGUUCCCGCACUAGCCCAUCGCAUCCGCGCUUGUCAUGAAGGGUGGACGACAUGGGUUCGUCGUUGGUGGAAAACGGGCGCUCGGUUCGAUACAUUAGACUGGGCCAAGCAAUGCAGCUGGUUCUGUAGAGGUUCCACUACCUUUCGAGAAGCCUAUGAACGAACGGGCCGCAUAUUGAAUGUGUCCUGCGUCCCCUCUGAUCCACACUCCCCGUCUAUUUUGGCAAAUUACCUGACCUGCCCGGAUUGCGUCAUUUGGAGCGCGGUGCUCGCUUCUGCGGCUGUUCCGGGUAUUCUCAACCCCGUUGUACUGAUGUACAAAAAGCGUGAUGGGUCUCUUGCACCUUACUCUUUUGGGCAUAAGUGGAAAGACGGCAGUCUGAGGACGGAUAUCCCAAUCAAGGCAUUGAAUUUGCACUUCAACGUGAACUUUACUAUUGUCUCGCAGGUUAAUCCCCAUGUGAAUCUAUUCUUCUUUAGCUCUCGGGGAACCGUGGGUCGACCAGUCACUCAUCGCAAGGGCCGUGGCUGGCGUGGUGGUUUCCUUGGUACCGCGAUCGAGCAGUAUAUCAAAUUAGACCUUAACAAAUGGCUCCGCGUGCUUCGGCACCUUGAGCUUCUGCCAAGACCCUUGGGUCAAGACUGGAGUGAAAUCUGGCUACAAAAAUUCAGUGGCACGGUCACCAUCUGGCCGAAGACCAUUCCAUCCGAUUUCUACCACAUUCUCUCCGACCCGACGCCGGAGCGGCUUGCGCGCAUGAUCCAUGUUGGUCAGCAAAGCGCUUUCCCGAAAAUACAGUUCAUCAAAAAUCGGCUGAACAUUGAAAACACCAUCAUGAGAGGACUCCAACAAUUCUCCGCCACUGGGCGCUCCUUAUCCCCGAUUCUGUCUCGUCGGCUGCCACUUCCAGACAAUGAGGACUCACUCGUUGAGCGUUUGGACGACAACUUUCCCGAGCGCCAUGACUACAAAGGCGAUUCGACGGACGACGGCACGUCCCAAUCAACCGUCUCGCGCCCAGAGUCUCCAACUUCUAAUCCAAGGAGGGGUAGCCUCAUGGAAGAGAUGCGCCGCCAAUCAGCUGUCUUCUUCGACGACGACCUAUACGGAGAUGAUUACGCCGCUGUAACUUGA